UUUUGACAAACGUCAAAGUGAAGACGUAUGGUUAUUUUAACUUUGGGCAUCUUUGGGUUAUAAAACUAAAACACAUGUAUUAAUCUCGAUAUUGAUACUUAUAAAAUGUUAAUAAACAUGCGAUAAACUGUUAUGUAAGACGUGUUUGCUGAGUGUAAUUAUAUUUUGUUAAAUAGAUUUACUUGAACUUUCAAAAUGAGUGUGGCUCCGUAUAUUACCGGCUUGACGAACAAAAAUCUAUUCUUAGUGGAAUUCCAAGAACCGUAUACAGAGAAAGUUUUAAGAGAUGAAAGUACACCGAACAUUCGUAGUUUAAUUUACAGUCCCAAAGGAACAUACCUUGCUUAUAGAACUGAUAAAAAGGCUGAGAUUAUUAAAUGUGCUGACUGGUCGGUUGCAGCAAAAAUCAAUGGAAAUGUCAAGGAUAUGUUUUUCUCUCCUUUGGAUAAUUAUUUUGCAGUUUGGGAGAUGUUUUUAAUAACAAAAGAUGAUCCACAGGGCAAACCAAAUAUGCAUAUUUACAAAUCAAAUAAUGGGGAGAAACUUGCAAGUUUUGUACAAAAGCAUCAAGCUGGCUGGGAACCACAAUGGUCAUCUGAUGAAAAAUUAUUUGCCAUACAAUUUGGUGGCAAAAUAUUGAUAUAUCAUGAUGGAGAUUUUACAAGAUAUCAAUACCAGCAUCAAGCAGAAAAACUAAAAUGUUUUAGCUUGUCUCCCAGUCCCGCACCAAACUACUACUUCUCUGUUUUUACAUUGGGCAAAUCAGGUCAACCAUCAUUAUGGAGGGUAUAUAAAUACCCUCAGUCAGGAUCACAGGAGCCCAUAUUGAGUCGGUCCUCAUUCCAGGCUGACAAGGCCACCUUCUACUGGAACAGACGAGGCACUAAUGUGUUCACUAUGACACAGACUGAUGUGGACAAAACCGGUGGCUCAUAUUACGGAAGGCAAACACUUUCCUAUGGUGAUGUGAAAGGAAAAGCUGGGAAUGUCGCUUUCAGUAAGGAAGGUCCAAUCCACGCGUUAUCAUGGAACCCCGGCAAUUGGAAUGAGUGGGUGUGUGUGUACGGGCACGCGCCGGCCAAGGCCACGCUAUUCAACGCAAACUGCGAAGCGCUCUUUGAGUUCGGCACCGGCGCUUGGAAUGCUAUAUACUUCCCACCUGAAGGAAAUAAUAUCCUUUUCAAUGUGAAAAUUUUAUUAGAGAUUAAAACAGAGCAUUUAGGAAAACAUCAAGUGUUGUAUAUUUUGUUGCAGAAAUUAAGCGACAUUGAGAAGUUAAAGCAGCAGAAGGCGGCCGGCAAGACCCUGGAGCUGAACCAGAUCGCGAAGAUCGACAGCGAGCAGACAUUGCUGCAGGAGUUAGAGAAACUCAAGUUAUGAUAAUAUUAUAACGAUAUAUUUUUUGACAUAUUAAAACUUAAGUAUUUUUUUAUUAUUUUUGUCUUCUGUUAAAUGUAAUUUUAAGUACAUUACAACCUUGAAAUGAAAGUUGAUGUAGAUAUUUUUUUUUUAUAAAUAAAAAAUAUUCGAUUAUAAAAAUGAUUACAAGAAAAAUAUCCUAAUUUUGUAUGUUUCGAGAUUUUGUGAAAAAAACACUAAGCGAAUUGCUUGUUUUAAGAAUUAACAGGUUCUCCAGUCUUUAUGUCUUUGUUUUUUCUGGCAUUAUGUAGAUUUUUGUGUGUGUGAAGUUGUUUUUUUUUGUUUUAUAAAUGUCAUAUAAUUUAUUUAUUUACAAUCAAAAUAUCCAAGAUGGACAUUUACUUGUGUCAAAAUCGUAUAAUAAAAUCCGAGAUAAUCUAUAAAUUGUUGAAAUUGGUGAAAGGAUAUUUUCAUAUAAAUUAGAACAGCUCUUGACAAAAAACAGUCAUGAACCUUAAGAAAUGAAAAAUCAGGAUGCAAUGUUGGAUAGGAAUUUCAAAUCUCUUACCCUUGAAUGCAUGAUUUUUUAUUUAUGGAAUGAAUAUUUCAGUAUAGAUUUUGAGUCACAGAUUAAGGGAAAAAUAAUUUAAAAAAAUCUUGGUUUCAAUAAAAACUAUAUUUUUGUUUGUACACUUAUCGCAAAAAUAUGCAUUUAAGGGCUAAAAAUCCAAAAAAAUAGGUACAUACCAUUGUCAAUGGUUUCCUACAAAUUUCUGACAUAGCUGGUGUAUUAACAUAAAAAGCAUGAUAUAUUUUUCUGUUAGCUUGCAUUUACUUAGAUGUAUGUAUAUUUUUGUAACAUAUUACGUCUCAGCUGGUAUAUUGUUGAGUUAUCUGUGUAAGAGCAAAGUGUUUAAUGAAAUGUUUUAAAAUAAACAAAUUGAAACUUAA